AUGGCUUCGCCUCGACCGCGUCGCGGUAAUAGCGCGGUCUCGUAUGGACUCCUGUGGGCGCUUUCAUGUGUUCUCCUGGUCACACUUCGCUUCUGUCCACAUAGACCGAUAGUCGCCACAGCCCGAAACUCCGUCAAGUCGCAAAUUUAUGACGACCAAAAUUUCAUUUCUAACGCGGCUCCAAGCGGCAAAGCGACGUUGUCCUUAGUCGAGUCGCUCCCCGUGGGGGAUUUCGAACUGCCGUCAACAGUCUCACAGACGUUUGAGGUCCUCACGCGCCAUGUUGAAGCUGCUACGACGUCGAUUGAUCUCAGUGCCAUGUACUGGAAUUUGUUAGGCGAAGAAGACCGAAAGACGUUUUCCGCGUUAGAAAUGUCUAAAUUUGGAGCUGACCGAGGUACUCAAUUGCUAUUUGCUCUGCAAAAUGCUGCGAGUCGAGGCGUUAAGAUUCGGAUUUUGACAGGACCACAGCAGGGCGGAGGGACGACAUCGUUGCCACGUGAAGUGCAGUUGCUAGUGGAUGGAGCGCCUGAGUACGUGAUUGCGAGGUGCUGGAGCGGCUCCGAGUGGUAUGGCAGCGGUGUUUUGCACCAGAAAAUGUGGAUCUUUGACUCGCGCCAUAUUUAUGUGGGCAGUGCCAAUAUGGACUGGAAAUCGCUGGCUCAGGUGAUGGAGAUGGGGGUGAUGAUGGAGAAUUUAGCCUCGACAUCGGAUGUUUUUCAGGAUAUUCAGUACUUGUUCGAGACCUGGUGGAUGUUUGCUUCGUCUAAAGUGCUGCCUGCUAAGACAGCCACGUACUUUUCAGAGAAGUUCCAGCAUGACUUGCGGGUCCCUGUGUGGUCACUGUACCUGCCGGAAGUGCAGAGGAGUGAGGAUCCGUUCAGGAAGGCUGGGUUUUCGGCUCUGGGGAACAUUUCGCAUCAGCUGCAGACGCAAUUCAGCACCCCUGGAGGCGUCUCGAUUACUGCACAGAUAUUCGUUGCGGCGGCUCCACUGGAAGCGACUGCUGGUCACUCGCGAGCUUUCGACGAAGACGCGCUGGUGUACACCAUACUAUCAGCCAGAUCAUUCGUAAGUCUCAGCGUCAUGGAUUUUGCGCCAUUUUCGAUGUACACCCCAGGAUCUCUUUACUGGCCAGCGCUCAAUGAUGCGCUCUUAGCGAGCGUUUAUAGCAAACCGAAACUGCGUGUGCGGCUGCUAAUUAGCCAGUGGCAGCACACUAGCCCUCAGGUACUUGAAGCUCUUGCCACGUUGCAGAAGCAAGCAGAGUUGUGUCAAUAUACGCGCGCUCGGUGCUCCGGGCGACUCGAGAUUAAGAUUUUCCAAGUCCCGGGCUGGCAGAACACGACUUCCGGUCCUGGAAAUAAAGCUCGGUGGCCUUCGUUCACUCGUGUAAAUCAUGCCAAGUAUAUUGUCACCGAUACGCGCGCGAAUAUAGGCACGAGUAAUAUGGAGUGGGGGUACUUCUAUACCACGGCAGGAGCUAGUGUCAAUACGGAUCACGAGUCGACACGUGUAGCCCUCGAGAAUGUGUUUGAGCGGAAUUGGAACUCAAGCUACGCUCGACCUUUGAACGAAGUCUUGGGCGGACAACAUUGA